AUGGGGCCCGACCAAUCGGAUGAUGAUCAAAAACCAUCGACUUCUUCAUCAAAAAAGACAACAUUAUUAGCAUUACUUGCGUUCCUAUUUUUUCUACUUUUCCUUUUCUGUUUAUGUGCUGCUAUUUAUUUUUAUGUUCAUUAUAAAGACAGUUCAGAUGUAUGUCUAUCUCCAGGAUGUAUAAAUACAGGUGAGAUUUUUGAGGAAUUCACGAAUUCAAAAAAAAACAUUUUGAAUUUUUGUAGCAUCUGUGAUAUUAUCAUCAAUGAACGCGUCAAUAGAUCCAUGUGAGGAUUUUUAUGAAUUUGCGUGUGGCCAGUGGAUCAAAGGCCAUCCGAUUCCUGAUGAUGCUCCAAGUGUUUCGAAUUUCGAAAAUCUUGGACAAGAUUUAGAAUUUGCAUUGAAAGGUAAGGCGAAUUUUCAAAAUUUUUCAAAAACAAUGUUAAAAAACUCACUUUUCCUGUUUUCCUCGUUUUCGAAAAUAAUUCGCUUCAGCCAUUGUUUCGAAAUUUCCAUCAUUAUGCUGACGUUUUUCCUGUAAAAUAGAAUUGAGUGAAUUUUAAAUAAGAAUUCCAAACUGAAGAAAAAUUCAACAAAGUACAUUUUUUCAUAAAAUUACUUUUUGAGCACCAGUUUUAGUAUAAAACUAUCGAAAAUCAACUAAACUUGUGUUACUUUUACUAGGAAAAUUGAUAAAUAUGAAUUUUACAACAAAUUUCAUUCAAAUUCAUGGAAAAACACAAAAAUGAAAAAUUUCCGAAAAACAAAAAAACAAGAAAAUAAAAGUAGAAAUGGAAGUGCGCCCUAUUGAUAACAAUUGAAUGUCGCGCACUCUUUCAAAAAUUUGUGUGUUUUGUCGUUGUGGUUUUAUUUUUUUAUGGUCAAAAUGCCUCACAAAAAAAGUUUUUUUCAGAACUUCUGGAAGAGGAAACCGAUCUCUCCGAAUAUGAAACGAGUGCCGUCGGAAAAUCCAAAUUCUUCUACAAUCUCUGCCUAAACGAGUCCGAAAUCAUGGAUAAUUGGAGAAAAACUUUCGAUGAGGUCAUCAAUAGUUUUGGCGGUUGGCCAAGUUUGAAUCAACCAUUGAGAGCUGACGCAAGUAUCGAGAAAUUAUAUGCGGAUAUGGUUGCCAAGUUUAAAGCCGACUCAUUGUUCAAAGCCACAGUUCAACCAGAUGAUAAAAAUUCACAGAAACACGUUCUUUUGGUUAGUCAUUUUUUCCUGGUCCCCCACAUUUUUUAAUGACUUUGUUUUCAACUUUUUCCAGGAAAACCAAUUGUUUUUCAAAAAAAAAAAUAACUCAAAAAUGUAUGAAAAGUUUCAUUUUUUUUCUCGCAGAUCGAUCAACCUCAACUCAAUCUUUUCGCCCGCGAUUUUUACGUGGCCGCCGAAAACGAGGAGCGGCUCGCCUAUCUUCAACUCAUCCAAAAUGUGCUGAUCUUGUUGAAUGCGCGGCGAGAAGUUGCGAUUCCGGAUGCGAGUGAGAUUAUUGAAUUUGAAACGGCGUUGGCGAAUGUGAGAGCAUUUUCUGUAAUAUUAAAAAAUGAGCAAACAUUUUUAGAUCACAAUGGCUGAUGAGCAACGACAUGAUAUCGCAGAAUUGUAUACCAAGGUAACACUUGGUGAAAUGCGUCGACAACUUCCAAAUUUUGAUUGGCAUCUCUUUUUCAAUCACAUGUUCAAGGAUUUACACGAUAAAAAUGGAAAAGUGAUCAGCUUUGAUGACACUACUGAAGUCGUUGUUUAUGGUUUCGAAUUUUUGCGAAGACUUGACACGCUUUUGCCAAGAUAUGAGAAGAGAAAAAUUGUGAAUUAUCUUCAAUGGUGUUGGUUUUUCAAAACUAUGUUGAGAGAUUUGCCAGAUCCGUUUGCAUUGACUAUUUUCAAGUUCUACAAAACUUUGAAUUGUGAGUACUUAUUUGAAUUGGGAUUCUUUUUUAAAAAAUUGUGUUUUCCAGUAAUGAAUGUUCAAAAAGUUCGAUGGCAUGGUUGUGUAACUCGAAUCAACAGCUUGAUGCCAAUGGCAACUUCAGCCAUCUAUGUCAAAAAUCAUUUCGAUCACGAAGCUAAGCAACAAGUUGAAGAGAUGAUCUCAUUGAUCAUGGAAUCAUUUGUAGAUCUUCUUGAAUCCGAAGAUUGGCUAACUCAAGAAACAAAACUGUUUGCCAAGCAGAAAGUGAAUGAGAUGAAGCGGAAAAUUGGUUAUCCGGAUUAUUUGAACGAUCCUUCGAGUGUCAAUAAGGAAUAUGAUACUUUUAAGGUAAUUUGGGAGUGUUGAGGAGAAGAAGAAGAAAAUUGGGUUUUGCAGGUCUAUCCAAAUGAUUACUACAGAACAAAAUUCAGCUUCUAUGAGCAAUACCAGAGAGAUGUUUUGGAGAGAAUUACGGAGCCGGUUGAUAGAGAAAGGUGAGUCGAAUAGAUUUUUGGGGGCUCAUUUAUGACGUGGCAAAGUUUUUUCCACAAAGAAUUAGUUUUCCCAAACGCUGCCUUUUAGAUCAAGAUAUCUAAAAAAGUUUUGAAUGACCAAAAAAAAAUUUCCAAUAAAAUUUCAAAUUCAUUGAACCCAUUCCAUUCCAUUCCCUUGUCAAUUUCGAGCUUCUCCUAAAACAUGCAAAAACUGACAAAAACAGCGCAAUAAAAUUGGCUUCGUUCCACAUGUGUGUUGUGAAUUCUUUGCGCUAACUAGACUAAUAAAUUUUGGGAUUUGAAAACAAAAAAUUUUUUGAUGAGACAUGUUUUUGAUUGGCUUGGCAGAAAGUUCGUGGGAAGAAAAUGUGAAGUAGAAAAAAACAAUAGUCAUUCAUUUUCAGAAUGAUGUCAGAAUUUGUCAUAGAAAAUUAGGUUGAUCAGAAAAAAGAAAAAAAUUCGCGGGCACCCGGCAUCGAACCUGAGGGUACCCGUUGUAUCGGAAAACAAAGCGAUAACCUGCUGCGCCAUAUGAAAAAUUAUUUUUUUCUCAAAGUAUCUACUGAUUAUACUCAUUCGAAAGCUCUUGAUCAGCUAUAGAACAUUAGAUACUCAGCGAGCAGCCAAAUGGUGUAAAAAUAAUAUUUUUGUUCCAGAUGGGUCGCCGGUGCCGCGUUGGUCAACGCCUUCUACAGUCCCAACACCAAUGAAAUCAUCUUUCCGGCCGGCAUUCUUCAACCCGUUUUCUACAGCAAACAUUUUCCGAGUUCGAUGAAUUUCGGUGGCAUUGGAGUUGUCAUUGGGCACGAAAUAACACAUGGUUUUGAUGAUCGAGGUAAACAUCUUCAUUGAAAUUCAAUAUCGGUGAGAAACAAAUUUUUCAGGUCGACUUUAUGACAAUUUGGGAAAUAUUAGACAAUGGUGGGAUAAUGCAACUAUUUCGAAAUUCGAAUCAAAGGCGCAAUGCAUUGAAAAACAGUAUUCGAGUUAUGUUUUGGAGCAAAUUAGUAUGCAAAUUAAUGGAAAAUCGACAAAAGGAGAGAAUAUUGCGGAUAAUGGAGGAUUGAAACAAGCAUACAAGUGAGAUUUUUUCUCAUUCGCUUCAAGCAUUUAUUUGCAAAUCGCUAGUCAUUUCACGUGACAGAAAUAGUCAAGUGGUUAGAACACGUGUUUUUUGUUCACAACGUCCAGGAUCGGAUCCGUUUGGACGCUCGCGAAUUUUUUUUUUUUCAAAUAUUUUCCAUAUGAAAAAAUAAUUCUGUAAAGUUAUAACAAAUAUUCCCCAAUGACUUUUCGCCCACUAAAAAUUUUUAAUCAAAAAUUACAUUUUUUUUCUAAUAAUAGUCAUGAUAUAUUAAAUUAUCACCGAAUUCAAGGAAGUCUGAUUCAGAGCCUACAAAAAGUACGAAAAAGUGCACAAAACUCCGCCACGUUUGCCCGGCGUCAAUCUAACACACGAUCAAUUGUUCUUCUUGAACUACGCGCAAAUUUGGUGUGGAACAAUGAAUGAUAAGGAGGCGAUUCGGAAAUUGAGAACAUCUGAACAUUCACCUGGUCCGAUUCGGUGAGUCAAAGAUCGGAAAUCAAGAAAUUAGAAAUUCAAAAGCCCCACGCGAUUUCUAAUGUUUCAUAAGUUCUAUUUUAAGAAUAUCUUAUGAACUUUCAAAUAUACAUUUUUUUCAGUGUCAAAGGUCCAUUAUCCAACAGCCACGAUUUUGCCACAGCCUAUAAUUGUGCACCUGGAACACCGAUGAAUCCAGUUGAUAAAUGUCGAGUUUGGUAG